GUGUUAUAAUUUUUUCCUACAAAAAAAAUGAUAUGUUAUCCAAAAAAUCGAGUUCACAGAUUCUGAAUAUUGUACAUUAAAUAUUAUAUAUUUAUUUUCAAUGAAAUUUAAUUUUUGAUUAAAAAACGCGAGAAAAGUUCUUCUCUCAAAGUGUUCGAUUUUCUGUCAAUUUUGUACAACUUAGCGGUAACUUUCAAUCGAAUACAGAUUUUUUUUUUUGAGGAGAUAUGACAUCGUGGAAGAUUGACUUUUGUAUAGCUUCUUUCACUUUUCUAAAAAAUACUAAUAAUAGUGUACAACAGUAUUGAUAAGACACUCUCACAAAAAAACAAUCAAAUAUUUGUUUGACUUUACGUUAAACCCAGGUCGAGAAGUACGGGCGGGUUCCGGCGGGAAAAUACCGGAAAUCGCUGGAAUAGAGUAGCAGUAUUUCGAGCGAAAAAUUGUCAGAUUUUUUUUCCGCUGACUUCCUGCAAGAAACGGAGGAAAGCUGACCGGAAUUUACAGGAAAAAAUACGAAAAAUUUUCGACCGGAAUACUACUACUCUGUUCCGACGACUUCCGGUGUCUUCCUGCAGGAUCUGUUCUCCGAAAAUAUUGACCUAAGAAUCAAAACUUUUAAUUAUGUUUGUAUUUCUGAUAUUAUGAAUAUAUGUUUGUCCAGCCAUUAAACUUCUUAUUUUUUUCCAUAUAUUUAUUAAAAUCAUAUUUAAUUAAUGUUUUUAAUUAAUAUGUAAAAUUGAUAGUUUUGAUAUACAUUUCUAUCUUUAUUUUAAUAGACUGAAGAAGCAACUAUUGAUCAAGAUAUAACAAAAGAAUAUGCUCGACAACGAGAUCAUCUUGAACGAACAGUUCGAAGUCUUAAGUCUAAAGUUGAUAAAGAUUCUGAUCGACAUAAAAUGGAAAAUAUUCGUAUAAUGCAAGAAAAUGUAACAUUAAUUA